GUGUCCGUCUUCCAAAGGAUGCUGUCUCUGGCUCUGGAGGUGGACCGUUCCCCUACGCUGACCUCUGCCAAGCUGUCCCAGGAGCUCUUCCAUAUGGUCCUCAGCCACAUGCCUCUAAGGGCACACAGGAUGUUGUUGCUGGAGACCCUGCAGAGUAAGCUGCUGAGAUGUAAGCUGUUGGAGCAGUUGUUGGACUAUGCAUGCCCACAGAAAGUCUCUCUGCCCAUGUCCCUUAGCCUGCUGCUGCACUUUCUGAGGACCUGCACUCUGGCAGCAGACCCAACGGACGGCUUGGAACGCUGGCAGAGGUGGGAAGAGUUGAUCAAUCUCCUCUGGAUGUUGCUGGUCAGCUACAGCAAAGCAAUGAAAGGCCAUCUGACCAGCUCUACCUCUGAACAGAUAUGCAAAGGGGGCACGUUAGUUUACAAGCCGGCCGACAUGCUGACGAAGUCUGCCGUCAAUGAAGCGAUGGACGCUUUCCUGUCCAGAUCCCAGGCGGACAUCGGCAGAGCCCUGCCUCUUCACGUGGAAGAGUCCCUAACUUAUCUGCAGGAUCACCUGCUGGAUGUCUGUCAGAGUUGAUUUUUGGGAAGCGAAGGAAAUCCUUUUAGCACCGUUUUCUGUAUUCACAAGAUGCAAUAAGAAGCGUUUUGCUGUUCAUAUUUGUGUAUUUUUUUUUUUUUUUUUUGUUUGUGUUCAUUUGCACAGCUAUUUGUUGUAAAGCUGGGACUUAGUGUCUCACAGAAAUUUUAAAUAUACCAAAAAAAAUUUAUUUUAUUUCUAAAUCCAUUCCAUCAGAAAAAGUAAUAUUAUUGUAUUGGUUUAUUAUUGAGCCCGUUUUUUCCUGUAAGACGGUCACUCUGAAAACCCUCCCGGACUGCAGCGCGUCUGAAUAAAGUGUUGCUUCCGGCAUGUGUGUAAGUUUAUUACACAACUCUGUGUCUGUCCAUCCAUCACAAAACAGCCGUCUAAAAGCAGAGGUUCUUUAUUUAUUGUGGCUCAACAGCUGGUUUGGACCUUCCAGGCGACAGCCAAUAGGACGCGGCGGUGCUAGAGCGAGAGAGAGAGAGAGAGAGAGGGAGGGGGGAGAGAGAGAGGAAAAAAAAGCCCUCACAGUCGCCAUGAUACAGCAGCGGAAACGGGGAAGAAGUGGCUAGAAAACAAAAGAGAACACGCAGUCGUCCUCGCGAUUUGGUAUGCUCUUGCAGUGUUAUAGGAAUGCCCAAGGAAAAAUAUGACCCGCCGGAUCCCAGGCGGAUGUACACAAUUAUGUCCAGCGAGGAGGCAGCAAACGGGAAGAAGUCAUACUGGGCUGAGCUGGAAAUCAGUGGCCGAGUAAGGAGUCUCAGCACAGCCCUGUGGUCUCUCACCCACCUCACUGCCCUGCACCUCAGUGACAACUCGCUGUCACGCAUCCCGCCAGACAUUGCCAAACUACACAACCUGGUGUACCUGGACCUCUCAUCCAACAAGAUCAGGAGCCUGCCGGCGGAGCUCGGCAACAUGGUGUCUCUCAGGGAAUUGCUUUUAAAUAACAACCAGUUGCGAGUUCUCCCAUUUGAGUUGGGAAAACUUUUUCAGUUACAGACACUGGGGUUAAAAGGAAACCCACUUGCACAAGAAAUUAUGAGCCUCUAUCAGGAACCUGAUGGCACACGGAGACUGCUCAGCUACUUGUUGGACAAUCUGGCAGGGGCUAUCAAGCGCACUUUUCUGGUUUGCUCAGUACCAACAGAGCAGCCACCUGCCAGGUCAUGGAUCUCACUCCAGGAACCAGACCGAGCACAUCCAGCGACACUAUUCUCGGUUAUGUGUUACAAUGUGCUGUGCGAUAAGUAUGCCACACGACAACUAUAUGGCUACUGCCCCACCUGGGCUCUAAACUGGGAGUACAGGAAGAAAUCUAUAAUGCAGGAAAUCAUGGGCUGCAAUGCAGACAUCAUCAGUUUGCAGGAAGUUGAAACGGAGCAGUACUACAGUUUCUUCUUGCCGGAGUUGAAAGAGCAGGGAUACGACGGGUUCUUCAGUCCAAAGUCACGAGCCAGAACGAUGUCGGAGUCGGAUCGUAAACACGUGGACGGAUGUGCAAUCUUCUUCAAAACGGAAAAGUUCAGCGCGGUGCAAAAGCAUACAGUGGAGUUCAACCAGCUGGCCAUGGCUAACUCCGAGGGCUCAGAGGCCAUGCUGAACAGGGUGAUGACGAAGGACAACAUCGGAGUAGCUGUACUACUUGAAGUCCGCAAAGAGAUGUUGGAAAUUUCUUCUGGUAAGUCACUCCACGGCCUUGACAAGCAGCUGCUGCUGGUUGCAAAUGCCCACAUGCACUGGGAUCCUGAGUACUCGGACGUCAAGUUGGUCCAGACCAUGAUGUUCCUGUCGGAGGUGAAGAACAUCGUGGACAAGGCGACGCGCAGCUUCAAGCUGUCCACCUCUGGUGAGACCAGCGCUAUUCCGCUGGUGCUGUGUGCUGACCUCAACUCCUUACCUGACUCUGGUGUGGUGGAGUAUCUGAGUAGUGGUGGAGUGGACUGCACCCACAAGGACUUCAAGGAGCUUCGCUACAGUGACAGCCUGACCAAAUUCAACUGCAACGGCAAGAGCAGCACAUCUAAUGGCAGGAUCACCCAUGGCUUCAAGCUGAAGAGCGCCUAUGAGAACGGCCUAAUGCCUUACACCAAUUACACCUUUGACUUUAAGGGUGUCAUCGACUAUAUUUUCUACUCCAAGCCUCACCUGAACGUGCUGGGCAUCUUGGGCCCCCUGGACCCUCACUGGCUCGUAGAGAACAAUGUCAGCGGCUGCCCACACCCCCACAUCCCCUCUGACCACUUCUCCCUCUAUGCUCAGCUGGAGUUGCUCCUGCCCAGUGUGCCCUCCCAGGUCAAUGGGCUUCACCUGCCGGCGCGCAGGUAGUGAGACCCUGCCACGCCACCAGGGGGAGCUGCAGCCACAGCUUCUCCCCUCUACCAGCUCUUCCCUCCGCCACCUCUGGAAGACCGGAAAAAAACAACAACAACACGACCUGUAAAAAUACUCGUACAGUGAGGUUUGGCUGACAGGGAUUUCGUAUAAAAAUGUUAUAGAUAUUCUAUAUUUUUCUUUCUGUUUUUCUUUUUACGUCCUUUUUUUAACUGCUUGGGUUCAGUCCUGUUUAUGUAUCACAUGUUUUGGACUCCCUUCCCUUUCCUUCCCAUCCGGUUCACAAACCCCCUGCAUACUUAAUUUUUCUGUCUUUAAAACUCGGGGGGGAUGGUAGCUCAUUCAGACCACUCACGCCAGGCUGCGUGUGUGUGUGUGUGUGUGUGUUAAUGGGGGAAGCUUAAAAGCGGCUGAGUGGGUGACAUUUAGCUGAGGAGCUGCAGAGCUGUCUGUCUGUCCCUGUAUAAAUCUUAAAACCAGCAAAGACAGCAGACGUGUCAAGCCUCGGCCCUCCCGCGUUCGGCUCGCGCUCGUUAUCCAUCCGCACUUCCGGGCAGCCGGCGUAAAUCCUCAGCCCCCGUAAGACGCGCGCACACUUGCGAGUCGGGUCGAAGCAGCUUUUUAUGGCUGGAUAAGCAUCCCAGCGAGCGGGGCGCCAGCAGCUGAUCCGAGGGGAUAUAAAUAUAUAUUUUUUCCUGCUGUCAUUCUGUGGUGCUCAGGCCUUUUUUUUUGUGUGGUCACGGCCUCCCGCGGUGCUACAAGACAGUCCACACCUCUGACCCCUGGUCCUGGUGCAUUAGAAGCAGAAUUGUGGUACGUCGGCGGCUCAGAGACGACCGUGAGAACCUGAGAGCAGCUACCAUCCCCUUUUUGCAGACAGUUGCACCCCGGCUUGUAUAGUUGUUACGCUAGUCAUGUGCUUAAGAGCUCACGUGGCCCAAAUGUCACCCUCUUUUUUUUUUUUUAAAGUAAGGAGUGAGGGAGUUAGUCCAAUCGGUAAAGCGGUGGGAUGAAGGGGGGGCUUUCACAAACCCAUUCGACUAACGAGUAAAACCAGCAUUCCUCUCACUAUCAGGAGAACGACCUCCAACUUCACUCAUGCAAGCUGUCUCUCACACACUGAGGUAAUUUUCAGGCAGAUGUGUAGCACUGUCUAAAAGGCCAGUAGUGACCCCCCCCCCCCCCCCCCCCAGCCAUAGUUCACACACACAGAAGCAGUGAUUUUUCACGAGUGUUUGUACAGAAUAGAAAUCUAGACUCAGUCUUUACAUGAUUGUAUAUGAACCACAAAAAAAGACCUGUUUUCUGGCAUUUUUUUUGUACGAAGAGUAAAUUAUGGUCAGAUUAAGAGGAAGAAAGGAAGAAAAAGAAAAAAAAAGAUUGUAUUGUAAACUAUGGCUAAAUUUUUAUCCAGUUAAUGUUAAGAAGAAUUAAUAUUACCAGCUUGUACAAAAGACGUCGGAGGAGGCUGCUCGCCCGCGUUCGCCGUCGCUCCCUUGCACUCCCCAGAGCUCACCUGUAAUGCAUCAGUAUUGCUUUUUUUUGGUUGAUUUGCUACGAUGUAAAUAGACGGCCAAUUUCUACCCGUUGCUUUCGGCCCAUUAACAAGAGCCAGCGAUGCGGAUCCGCAGCGCGCCGUUCGCAUCUGUUCACCCGGCUCCAAAGCGUAAGUGUAAACGACACAACACGGAGGAGUCCCCGCGCGUACGCCUCGUACUCACUGUAGCAGUUGAUGUUGUCUUGCACUAUUUACACGCGCCGAACGCCCCGAGCAGCCUCCUCGGCUUUUUAUUUUUAAAUACUGUCGAGACAUUUGUGAAGAUUUUAAUGUCCUUUUUCUUUUUUUUUUUUUUUUUUUUUUUUUUUUUGUUAAUGUUAAUUUUUUUUUAAUGAGAUGUGACGAUGUAAUGAUGAUGUGUAUAUCCUUCCUAUUCAUUGAGCUCUCUAGUAAUCAGGUAUGCUCCAUCAACUCCCCCACUCCUCCGCUGUAAGGAACACGAGCGGGGUCUUUAUAAAUUCACUCAGAUUGUUUGCCCCCCCCCAAAAGCCCCUCCAGCUUCCUUCUUGGCCACAAGUAACCCUGAGCUUAUCCAUCACCCCCCCAUCAUAAAACCACCCAACCUCAGAGCUUUUCUGCUACACUUCCCAAACUCUUGUUGUUUUUUUUUAAUCUCUUUGUCCCACUUUUUUUUGUAUAGAUUUUCUACCCUUGUCAUUGCAGCUAUAGUGCCAUUUGUGGACCACCCCUGCACCAUGCCUUUGCACUGGAAAGGGUGAAGGAGCCCAUUUGUUCUCUUUGUACUGCCGUUUCCGUCUGAAAGGCCAGGCUGUCAAGUUUCUCUUAAUCAGAUUUUUUUUGUUUUUGUUCCAUCUCAAAAGCACGUUGAAAUCGUUUAAAUGUGAGAUUAUUAUUAUUAUUAUUUGAAAUGCACUUAAGCUAUUCAGAUGCAGCUCAUGUGAUUCUCCGACAAGAACUCUUUACAUGUUGAAAAAGCAAGAAGAUGGGAAAUAUCACCUUAGUCCCCGCGUCUUGUUCCUGCCGUCUUUCCCCGCUCCUGCAGUGAAAAUCAAUGUGUCCAAAUUGAUUUCUUUCCUGAAUGGCAUUAGUAUUGUGGUAGAUUUAAAGGGUAGCUUCUUCCUUUUUUUUUUUUUCUUUUUUUGUCUGAUUUUUAUUUCUUUUUUGUAAAGUGUGAAUAAAAGAUGUAUUUCUUGUUUCCUUUCUAAAAAAGAAAGUCAGUUUUUGGUGUUGAUGUGUAAAUCAUAAUUUCUACAACGACGACGAUGAUCUGCUGCAUUGUUUUUUACCUUUCUUUGACCUUUCUCAUCCCUUCCACCACAAACCAAAUCCUCUUGUCGAAAUCAUGACACACGUCUCGAUGGGUUGAUCGGAGAGGUCGAACGUUCCCUGAAGAUGCGUAGCGAGAAGGAAGUAACGGUCGGCGCCAGUGGGGGAAAAAAAAACAAAAACGAAACACACACAAAAAAAAGCCACAAAUUUCCGCUUUACUUUGGAUGUUUCUUUGCACUUUGCUGGAGAGUGCUGGUGUCUUUAGGUCAGGACAGCAGAGCUGUCCCACUAGUGGCUCCAGUUCAGCACUAGCGAAUACUUUUUGACGGGUGUUUUAAAAAAAACAAAAAAAAUUAAUAAAAAAAUAAAACCGUGUUCAUACGGAAAAGCUAAUGAUGUGCCGCUAGACCGGUCCUGUGAUUAAAUCUUUUUUUCUUUGUACUACUAGUCCCAUCUCACUCUGAUCACGUGCUUUCAAGUGGCUCGAUCUGUUAAAAUAGUGAUAGUUCUCAUUCACAAACCUGUUUCUGUUGCUUUUCUUGUUUCCUCUAAAUAUUUGUCAGAUUAGAGCUGAAUUUUGUCGCCAUUGCAAGCUUUCUAUUUGUUCAGGAUUAAUCAACUUGGUGAUUUAUGUAGUUAUUUUUUUUUUUUUUUCCCACCUCCUGGCUGCAUCUUUUUGUAACGGUGCAAACCAAAGCUGUUCUGUUGUAGACGCAACUCUUACACCUUUCGGCUCUUUUUUAUUUUUAUUUUUUUUAAUUUUUUUAAUUCCUCUCACUUUGAAAACCCGAACAGCCGUGUUCAUGGAAAGUAAGGCUUUAAUAAAAGCAAAGUCGUUUUUUCCCCCCUCUCUGAUCCCAUUGAGUUUGUCUUUCGAUCAACUAAACCUUGCAAUAAUAACCAGAAACAUUCAUUCACACGUUUUGUUUUAAUCUUUAAAAUGUAGCUGUUUCAUCCUUCAAACUGUUUUCCCCCCCAUCCUAAACCUUGCCUACCUGCGUUGUUACCUGGAUCACCCCUCCACUCCUCCUCUCUGUUUUAUCACCCAUUUUGUAUAUUUGCUCAUCUCCUUGCCAAUUUUAGUGGUAGUUGUUCAAUGAUCAGGAUUGUCUAUCUGUAGUCAGCUGAGUACAUAUAUUGAUCUGUGUCACUGUGUUUAUGCACUGGACCAACUAUUGUUUACCAUUCAUAAAAUACCAGCAAAAAAAAAAAAGGAAAAAAAGACACUUGCACAAUGUUGUAGAAUGUCCAUUAACCCAGAUGAGAAAUCAAGGCAGCUGUUUUCAAAUCAACACAUACUGUUUAAAACUGAAACUGAAUGGUAAACAAUGCUUUCUGUUGUAUCCCUUAGCCGUCCUUUUUAUUCUCUUUGGACUAGUUUUAUUCUUUUAUUAUAUAUAUUUUUUUCUUCUGACUACAGGUUCUGCUUGUUUCCUUUACACCUACCUAUGUAUUUUCCUACUUCUGGUUGAAAAAUAAAUUCUGUAUUAUCUGUUUCAA